UUUAUUUCAAUUUUUAAAAUUGAUUUGAGUUAUUUAUUUUUUUUUAAUUUAUAUAUACUCUUCUUCUUCUUCUUCUUCUUCUUCUUGUUUGAUUUAAGUUUUACUUCUUUGACUAGAAGUUAUUCAUUAUCUAUUCAUAAAUCAGUCAUAUCCAACUAUCAUCAUUAUGUUGAAAGUUAUAUCUAGAUCAAGUGGUACCUCAUCAUGUACAUCCACUAGUUCUAAAUUACUCCUAUUAAGUCAUCGUUAUAAUUCAACCACCACUCCAAAGAAAACCACCACUUCAAUCCACACUCAUACCAUUAAAACCCCAGUUGGUAUCAAAGCUGCAAUUGCAUCAUUAAAACCAAAAACUACCAGAUUAUCCAUUGAAGGACCUAUUGAAUGUGAUUUAGAAGGAUUUCAAGUUUUAAAUUCUCCUAUUUUUAAUAAAGGUUCAGCUUUUACCAGAGAAGAAAGAAAAGCCUUUGGUUUAACUGGUCUUUUACCAUCUCAAGUUAAUACUUUAGAUGAACAAGUUGAAAGAGCUUAUAGACAAUUUUCUUAUUUAAAAACUCCAUUAGCUAAAAAUGAUUUCUGUACUUCCAUGAGAAUUCAAAAUAAAGUGCUUUAUUAUGAAUUAGUUAGACGUCAUAUUAGAGAAAUGUUACCUAUUAUUUAUACUCCAACUGAAGGAGAUGCCAUUGCUGCUUAUUCUCAUAGAUUUAGAAAACCAGAAGGUUGUUUUCUUGAUAUCACUGAUCCUGAUUCUAUUGAUGAAAAAUUUGCCAUUUAUGGUGAAGAUAAAGAUAUCGAUUAUAUCGUCAUGAGUGAUGGAGAAGGUAUUCUUGGUAUUGGAGAUCAAGGGGUUGGUGGUAUUAGAAUUGCCAUUGCCAAAUUGGGUCUUAUGACUCUUUGUGCUGGGGUUCAUCCUGGUAGAGUUUUACCUAUUGUUCUUGAUGUCGGUACUAAUAAUGAAAAAUUAUUAAAUGAUGAUCUUUAUAUGGGUAAUAAAUUCCCUAGAAUUAGAGGUGAACAAUAUUGGGAUUUCGUUGAUAAAGUUAUUUAUGGUAUUAAAAAGAGAUUUCCAAAUGCCGUAUUACAUUAUGAAGAUUUCGGAGUUUCAACCGGUAGAGAUAUGUUAUAUAAAUAUAGAGAAGUGAUUCCAUCAUUUAAUGAUGAUAUUCAAGGUACCGGAGCUGUGGUAAUGGCUUCUAUCACUGCUGGAUUGAAAUAUACUAAUAAGAAAUUAUUAGAAUCUGAAAUUUUAAUUUAUGGUGCUGGAUCAGCUGGUUUAGGUAUUGCUGAUCAAAUUGUUAAUCAUAUGGUAAGUCAUGGUUCAACUCCAGAACAAGCAAGAGCAAGAAUUCAUACUAUGGAUAGAAGAGGUUUAGUUUUAACCUCUCAUGAUGAUGCAAGUCCAGCUCAAAAGAAAUAUGCUGAUAAAGAUAGUGAUUGGGAAGGGGUUGAUACUACUUCAUUAGUGGAUGUGAUUGCUAAAGUUAAACCAACUGUUUUAGUGGGUUGUUCAACUCAAGCUGGUGCUUUCAAUGAACAAGUUAUUAAGGAAAUGUAUAAAUAUAAUAAGCAACCAAUUGUUUUCCCAUUAUCCAAUCCAACCAGAUUACAUGAAGCUUUCCCAGUUGAUAUUAUGAGAUAUACUGAUAAUAAUGCUUUAAUUGCUACUGGAUCUCCAUUCGAACCAGUUGAUGGAUAUUAUAUUUCUGAAAAUAACAAUUGUUUUACUUUCCCAGGUAUUGGUUUAGGAGCUGUAUUAUCAAGAUGUACCACUAUUUCUGAUACUAUGGUUUCAGCUGCUGUUGAUCAAUUAGCUUCAUUAUCACCAAAAAUGGAAAAUCCAAAGAAUGGUUUAUUACCAAGAUUAGAAGAAAUUGAUGAAGUCAGUGCUUAUGUUGCCACUGCUGUUAUUUUACAAUCAUUAAAGGAAGGUACUGCUAGAAUUGAAAGUGAAGAAAGACCUCAAGGUGGAUUUGUUGAAGUGCCAAGAGAUUUCGAUAAAUGUCUUAAAUGGGUUCAAUCACAAAUGUGGAAACCAAUCUAUAGACCAUUAGUUAAGGUUCAACAUGUUCCUGAAAUUCAUACUUUCCAACAUUAGGUGUUAGUUGGUUAGCCAAUCAGUCAUUCAUUUAUUCAACCAUUAUGUAUAUUAUUAUUAUUAUUAUUUUAAGUUAGUUUGAUUCUCUUCUUUUUUAUUUAACUGUUUUGUUCAUUUCUUAUAAUUCUCUUUAUUUUUUGCAUAUUUUGAUAAUACUUAUACACAUAUGUUUAGUCUAUUCUUAUCUAUCUAGUUAUUUUAUACAAGCAUUAUACAGUUUUUUUUUUAUUUAUUGAUCGAUAAUAAUCAGUAGUUUAAUAGAUUUUGUUACUUUUUGAUAUUUUUUGCAACUUUUCAUAGAGAUUUACUUACAAUUUCGUUGAAAACUGAUAUAAAUUACAAAAUCCUACAUACAAAACGAACCAAUUUGAA